AUGGCGCCUCUCAAGCGAUCACGAAUAGCCUCAGGCCAACAGGCUGGAACCGCAGAUAUCACUGAAGCGCAUGCAUCCAUGGCCAUCGGCAUGCAGCCGAGAAAACGAGUCCGGUUAUCCGCUGAUGACGGAGCAGAGGGUUCGAGCAGUAGAGCAGCAGAGACAAGACGAGAUGACGGUUCAUCCAGCUCUGAGAGCGAAAACGACGAUGGAGAUGACGAUGACGACGACGCUCCGGCGUCUCCCCCGCAGACACAAUACGAACUGAUGAGAGACAAUGGCUUCCGACACCUGGAGCAUACGGAUUGGGACGACCAGCAAGCUACGCAGAAGCUGAUGCGCCGCACCACGACACAGACCUUUGACAACAACAUGGUCGCUGAGAGUGGCAUUAUUGAAAGCAUCACCUGUUAUAAUUUCAUGUGCCACGAACGAUUGCAUGUGGAACUCGGUCCCUUGAUCAAUUUCAUCGUGGGAGAGAACGGCAGUGGCAAGAGUGCUGUUCUGACGGCUCUGACAUUAUGCCUCGGUGGCAAGGCUAGUGAUACCAACAGAGGUGGUAGCUUAAAGUCCUUCGUCAAGGAGGGACGUGACCAAGGAAGUCUUGUUGUCAAGAUUAAGAACGCUGGAACCGAUGCAUACCAGCCCGACAUCUACGGAGCAUCCAUCACGGUCGAACGCCAUUUUUCCAAAUCUGGCAGCAGUGGCUUCAAGAUCAAGACGGACCAGGGCAAGGUGGUCUCAACCAAAAAGCAGGAAGUUGACGAAAUCUCGGAGUGGUAUGCCUUGCAGAUAGGGAACCCCCUGACAGUCCUCUCCCAAGAUAACGCGCGACAGUUCCUCAACGCCGCAACCCCAGCGCAAAAGUACAAGUAUUUCGUUUCGGGUGUCCAACUGGAGCAACUGGACAAUGACUACAAAAUGUCUCAAGACACAUUGGAUAAGACGCUCAUUCUCCGCGAGGAUCUCAACGAGAAGAUUGGCCAUGUUAAAAAGGAAAUGGACGAUGCCCAACGACUUGCCGAGAUAGCCCAGAAGAACCAGGGCCUUCGCGAAAAGGCAAGGCACUAUAGGAACCAGCUUGUCUGGUCACAGGUCGUCGAGCGGGAAAGAGAAUUAGAACAGCGCAACGCCGACUUGAACAGGCGCGACGAAGAGCUCAUUUCCUGGGAAGCGGACUGCGAAAAGGCGACAGAAGCCCUCGCAAAAGAAGAAGAGAAGCUGGUUCGGGUUCAAGAGGCCCGAGAAGCUCUCGGCAAUGAAGAAAACACAUUUGAAGAGACAAUGUUGGAGGCAGAGGCUGCGUGGAAUGACGCCAAGAGGAAACAAACAGAACUGCAGCGCGAAGAGCGAGAUGCGCACAUGCGGCUGAAAACUCUCCGGACAGACAUACAAUUAUGUGAGAGCAAGAUCAAGGAGGAAGAAAAACGCUUAGACGGCGCAUCGGGCUCUGCACGCGCACAGAAAGACCAGGAGCUCGCCGAGGCACAAGCGCAGGAGAAGAGAGUAGAUGAAGAAACCAGAGAGGCCAGGGCCAGGGCGCCAAUGUAUUCCGAAAAAAUAACGGCGGCCAAAGAAGCGGCAAAGCGAGUUGGAGAAUUGCUACAACAAAAGAAAAAGGAGGUAGUAAUGGCGCAAAAGGGGGUCAGAGAUCUCGAACAGAGCAGCGGCUCAGCCCUUGAUGGAUAUGAUGCAGACCUCAUAAGGCUGGCCAAGGCCAUUGAAAGGGAAACUGGUUUCGAAAGCAAGCCGCUGGGUCCCCUCGGCACCCACGUUACGCUCCGAAAGCCUGAGUGGUCUGGCAUCCUGGAGAAGACUUUUGGUGAGAAUCUGAAUGCAUUCGUUGUGCAGAGCAAGAGAGACCAAACAAAGCUGUCAAAUAUGAUUCAACGAAUGGGUCUGAGGAAACAGCCACCAAUCUAUAUCGCGUAUGGAGGCACAAUUGAUACCAGCGCCCAAGAGCCAGAUGCCGAAUUCGAUACCAUUCUCAGAGUGUUGGCCUUCGACAAUGAGCUCGUUCGGUCGCAGCUUGUUAUUAAUAACCAGAUCGAAAAGGUCAUCCUAGUCAAGGACCGUCUUGAAGCAGAGCGGGUAAUGAUCGAUAACAACGGUCCUCCCCGAAAUGUGGUGGCAUGCAUCUGCUUCCACGACGGCAGAGGGAAACGUGGCCAUGGACUGAGAAUCACAAACCGUUUCGGAACCAUAGGCACAAGUCCUGUUACGCCGACUAACUUGGCUCCUCGAAUGCAGUCAGAUUCUGCCCAGCGGCUUCUUGUGCAAAAGGAGAACCUCAGGCAGCUAGGUUUGGAGGUGAAGGAUCUAAUCAUCGAGGAGCGGCAAGCGCGUCAGCAAUUGGAGGGCUGCGAGGCUGACCUCAAAGCACACCAAAGAGCACUCAAGGAUUUGGAAAGCGAUAAUCGCCGAAUCCAGGCGGAUAUUCAGCGGAUCUCACUGGAUCUGGAUGCGUUUGAGGGCGUUGACGGGCGUCUUAUGGCGCUGCGGGAGGAGCGAGAAGCGAAACAAACCGAAGAGGAGCAGCUUGGUCUGCAGUACGGCAACCUGAAACUGGAAAAGCGAGAGCUGAGCAAAAAGGCGGAAGAGGCCAAGGCACGUCUCGAUGCUGAAAAGGACGUUCGCAAGGAUCACCAAAGCCGCGUGGCCAAAGCAGAAGACAAAGUCAAGAAACACGAGUCGUUUAGGAAGAUUGCAGUCGCUCAAAAGAAUGCCGCCUUUGAGAGGCGGGAUAUCGAGAUCAACGAGAGGCGGCGGGCAGAGGCCAGGCGCGACCACAAGAUUGCCGAGGUGGCCGACUUCACCCAACAAGCCGAGCAAGUAUCUCCGGAUCGCGUUCAUAUCCCUGAAGACGAAACAUAUGCAAGUCUCGAGAUCAAAUACUCAAAGGUCCGCGAGCAGCUGUCACAGCGAGAGGCUCGACAAGGAGCCACAGACCAACAGAUUUACGACCGAGCUGUCGAGGCCAGAACGCGAUACGAGGAUGUGAUGAAGAAGACGAGAGACGUAGAUGACACCAUUGCGAGUCUGAAGCAAGCCAUUGAGCACCGGCUUCACCUAUGGAGAAUGUUUCAGAGGCAAAUCAGCGCUCGGAUACGAAUUCAGUUCAGUUAUCUAUUGAGUGAGCGUGGGUUUAGAGGCAAGAUCGACAUUGACCACCGGAACAGAAAGGUCAACCUCCAGAUUGAGCCCGACAAGACUCGAAAGAGCUCGUCUGGCCGCAACACCAAGACGUUAUCGGGAGGCGAAAAGUCCUUUUCUUCAAUAUGCAUGCUUCUCUCCGUGUGGGAAGCCAUUGGAUCACCAAUACGAUGUCUGGACGAGUUUGACGUCUUCAUGGAUAAUGUUAACCGUGCAAUCAGCACAAACAUGCUGGUGGAUGCUGCUCGACGAUCAGUAUCGCGGCAAUAUAUCUUGAUCACUCCGAAUGCUAUUGAGGGCCGAGCAAGGCUGGACAAAGAUGUCAAGAUUAUUCGCUUGACCGAUCCCCGCCAACGAACCCUAAUCUAG